AUGGUCCGCAUCACACCCGGUCUUUCAUGUGUCAUAGCUGAGAUGUGCGAUUGGAGAUUACACACCUUGGUCUACACUACCAUCGACGCUGAUGGAGGAAUUGGAGGUGAUUCUGGAGCCAUUAGGGAUCGAAGGAGUGCGCCGAGGGGUAGGGGGAGCAAAGGAGUAUCUGAAACUCGUAGCCUUUCUUUGAUGCAGCAGGCUAUUGUGUCUUUAUCUGAGAUUCAUACUAACAUCAUAUUCUUAAUCACUGAUCUAGAGUUUCCCAUCUCGGAUUGGGAUGAGAAGCGGAUGGAUGCAGGGCUGCAAACGCUGAAUUCGAACCUGGACCAAAUAUAUGAUGAAAGUAUAAAAUUGCUCUACAUUUGCAUUGCUUUUAGCUACGAGCUUUCUAGAUUGAAUUUGGGUCAACUUUUCAUGCAUUAUGCUACACAAUUAUUGGAGCACUCGAGCAUUCAUCCCAGCAUAUGAAACUAGCGAAGGCGUCUCGCAUUGAUUGGAAGAGGUGAUUUAGCCCGAAGAGUCUCAAGUUAGAAAACUGCCAUGAUAUAUUGAAGAAUCCUACAGGGACCAUUUACUCUGACAACGUUAAGAAUUCGUACAAAAGCGAAGUGCUGAUGAGAGCUCUUUACGGAGUAAUGGCUCAUACUGUAAUAGUUUCCAGUGUUGUUACAGCAACUAUGGCUGGUUGUUCGAAGCUUUUGAUUGAGUGACAUGUUCCUGACAAGUUUAUGUGGUCCAAGGCCUUCAAUUAGCUUGAAGCCAUUUUUUUUAUCAGAGAUCAGAGCCCAUCUUUCUAGUGGAAAAGUAACAGCGUCGAAAGAGUUAGAAGCUGUAGAGUUGUAUGGGGAGAGGUUGCAUGAGUUGAUUGGGUUGUGGAUUGAACUGGACUUGAUCAUAUUAUAAGUUUGGGGCAUUUACAUGCAAACCACCUAAUUCCUAUGUAUUUAUAUUUCUAACGCCUAAGCAUUUGUA